UUAAACAAUGGCAGAGUCAGCACGUUUGCUGCUUCUAAUUGCAAUUUUUCGUUCCAUAACAUACCUGUCGAGUCUUAUUUGGUACUUUAUCAGUUAUAGUGACUUUCAUUAAGACAUCUGUCUGGCAGAUUGAGGAAGCAAGGUCUUAACACAGUCAAACGUCGCGUCCUUUUCGAAUUACAUUACAAAUCUACAGGUAUAAAGAUCUACAGGUAUAAAGAACGUUUCCGUGGUGUGACAGAUUUGAAUAUGAGGCCAGAAUAAUGUGAAACAGAAACUUAAAUGUAAGAAGCAUCCUCUCAGGUUUGCAAUGGCUAUGGAAAGAAAUCUAAUCACAGUUCCAUGUGAAAAUGAGGUCAGACCUGAAAAGGAAGAUGCCCUGGACUGGAUGAUUGGAGGAUCAAGUGUACUACUUGGUUCAGUUUGUAGAUGACGGUAUUUUGGACAUCAAAACUGACGACGACUUUAGAACAAGGGAAGAUGGCCUUAAAGAGGCACAGUAUGGGGAUACCUUUUACUUGUGUACAAUAAUUUUUGAAAGUGCUGGAGAUGUUUUAACUUGCAGAUGAUAAAGAGGAAGUGAUGAAAAGAAAAGUUGCCAUGCAGAAAUUGAAAAACCCCAAACAAACAGAACAAAGUAAAAUGAAAAAGAUAGGAAAGAAAACAAAGGAAAACAGAAAGAAUGUCGGUGAGGAGAAGGAGGGUGAAGAAUCCACACAAAAAGAAAUGGUGGAUAGGGAAGAAAUUGCAAGAAAGAAAGCAGAAUGACAGAAGAAAUGAGAAGAACAACGAAAGGCUAAGGAAAACAAGGAAAGGGAAAAGGCUGUAAAAGAAAAGGAAAGAGCUGCUUUGAUGGAAAGGGAUAACCGCAUACUUGCAGAGAUGAACUCUUUAGCAAGAAAUCUGGAUGUCGAAAGCAAGCAGCCAUUUACCAAUUUAUCUGAUGAAGAGGAGUAUGAUGUUGACAGGGCUGAACCCAUGGAUGAUGAUGAAUAUUUUGGUGGAAGAGAUAUUAUAUCUGAAUGUUCAUCUUACCUUCAUCCCCCCCUCUCUCUUCCUCCCCCUUCCAACUCUGCCAAACCAGCUUCACAAACCCCAAGAGCAACAGUUGGUGGAAAAAGACCCAGGGAUUUCUCCCAGAGUCAACCACAACUUCCUCCAAGACCAACUGUGGGUGGAAAAAAGCUAAGGUCCACAUUCCACCACAGCUGCCAAAAAUGUGAGGAGUAUAAGGAAAUCAUAGCUGCACAAAAUCAAGAAAUUGCUAAACUCAAGGCUCAAGUGAAUGGUUGUUAUGAAGAGCUCCCCAGACCUGGGAAAGUCCCUGAGAUUGUGGCAGCACGGUUCAAGAUGGUUGAGUUGUCAAAAGGUAGAGGUGUCUACUUAUACGAGGAUCACAUAAACACAGCCAAGAGUAAAAACAGCCCAACUUCAGCAGCAUGUUUCCUGCUCAGCUGCUUUUAUAAAAAUUCUGAGCUAGUGGGAAAGAAUCUGACCGGAGCAAAUGCCAGAGAGGGCUUAAAUGCUGACAUUGUUUCCUCAAUUUUGGAUUUUGUGGUAAAGCAAGGGGGGAAGGCCUCUACAAUCAAGCAAGCCCUGAGAAAUAAAAUUAGUUCUCUAACCACAAGGGCAAGUGGUUGGCAACCUGCCAGGAAAGUAAACAAUUGAAUCGAUUGAAUUAAGAUUAAUUAAAAUUAUAUGAUUGGAUACUCAGUAGAUAGACUAUUUUCUAUUAUGAUUUGCACAAGGCUUGCUUGCUUCUCUAAUUAUUAAAUAACA